GAUAAAUAUGAGGGUGCUUAGUCAUAAUAACAACCCCUUCAAACAACAUGUAGAAGCAGGACAAUGAGUACCGAAAUCCCCCAAAAUAUUUCAAGCUAGAAAUGACCAAACAAGACUAAAUUGGUCCCCUCAAGUGCCAGAAGCCCUUGUAUUAAUUAGAGUCACGGGAGCCUAUUCCAGCUGACUUUCAGCUAGAGGCUUCAGAGUAUGGUGGCAGCCUCCAGAAGCAGGAGGAGCCCUCCCACCCUCGCCUGUAUCGUCACAUCCAUCCCUUUAUAAAAGAGCCCCUUUCCAGUCUACCACACCUGCUUUAAAACAUCUGCUUGAACUCCAUCUGUUUGCCUUCUUUUUAAAAGGUUAGUGGAUGAAUGAUUCAUUUGAAGCGGCUAUUUAUUUUUAAAGUGCUUGAAUGUGGAGGGACGGGAAUGCUUCCUCUUUUGAACACAUUAGAAUUUCUCAUCUUUUUACCCCCCACAACUGACACGGAAGAACUUGAACAAAAUGAAGACCGCUUCCACUGAUGCCAAGUGCAGCUAAUAGACUUAAAUCUAAUAAAAGUGUCAAUGGACUGCCUGAACUUGACCGAUAAGACCACGGCUGCGUGGCACCCGUACACCGCUCAGACCGCGGUGCCUCUGACCCUCCUGGUGGGUGUCCUCAUCCUGCUGACCGUCUUCGGCAACGUCAUGGUGGUCAUCGCCGUGACCACCAGCCGCGGCCUCAGAGCCCCCCAGAACCUAUUCCUGCUCUCUCUGGCGUGUGCCGACAUCCUGGUGGCCACGUCGGUGAUGCCCUUCUCCCUGGCCAAUGAACUGAUGGGUUACUGGUACUUUGGCAAGGUGUGGUGUGAAAUCUACCUGGCGUUGGAUGUGUUUUUCUGCACUUCUUCCAUCGUCCACCUGUGCGCCAUAAGCCUGGACCGAUACUGGUCCAUCACGCGGGCCAUUGAGUACAACCAGAGAAGGACGCCCCAUCGGAUCAAAUGCACCAUCUUCAUCGUUUGGGUGCUGGCGGCCAUUAUCUCCUUCCCGCCGCUGAUCACCAUGAAGAAGGACGAGGGCCAGGAGGACCGACCGGAGUGUAAAAUAAAUGAUGAGAAGUGGUACAUUAUCUUCUCCAGCACAGCCUCCUUCUUCGCACCCUGUGCCAUCAUGGUCCUGGUCUACAUGAGGAUCUAUCAGGUGGCCAAGCAGAGGACGAGAGCCCUGCCAGGUGAAAGGUCGCAAGAAAACGGUCGCCCUUGUGACGUAAAUUGCGGCUCGGAGCGUGAGGAAGGAGAGGUCAACGGGGAGGAAGCGGGUGAAUCGUCAUCUGACGGCCACGAAAUAACCUUGUGUUCCCUGAAAAAGAGGCGGGCCGCCCGGCUGGCCAAGUGGGGCCACGAGAAGACCGGAGAAGCUGCCCCAAAGUCUGAGGCGAACUCCAGCCGCUGGAAAGGAAGACAGCGGCGAGAGAGACGCUUCACGUUCGUGCUGGCCGUGGUGAUGGGAGUGUUCGUCCUCUGCUGGCUACCUUUUUUCUUCACGUACACGCUCACGGCCGUGUGUGCGUGCUGCGUGCCCGAGACGCUGUUCAAGAUGUUCUUCUGGUUGGGAUACUGCAACAGCUCCCUAAACCCAGUCAUAUAUACCCUAUUUAAUAACGAUUUCAGGAGAUCCUUUAAAAAGAUCCUCUGCAGGAAAACCCAUGGAGAUUUAUAAGCGGGCACAACUUGAAGCUACUUUUAUAAAUUAUGUUUAAAUGUAACCUCCUCAGGAUUUAUUGAAUGUUUUAUCAUUCACUGUACCUUGUUUAUUGUUUUAAAAUUGUUUGUUUAGUACUUGUAGCUUACUUUAUAGGGCACUCAUUCCAAACCAUUAAAUAAUGUAUAUAACCUCAGAUGGCUAUCUCUAUAUGUAGGAUAAUUAUACAUUGUUUGCCCAAUAGCAUAAUUGACCAAGUCAUUUUUGAACAUUUUCGGAAAACAAUAUAUAUAAGUUCAAUGGUAUUUUUUUAUUUAUCAGUAUUGUGUACAUUUGGCAGGCAUACAUGACAUGCCUCUUGUUUUAUAGUGAGACGUGUCCAUUUUGACUUAAAUUGAAGUUACCAAAUAUGGGUCCUUAGCUGGACAUUUAUUUGUCACAGUUGGGAUUCUAAAAUAUGAAAGCAAAGUCAUCUAGUUUACACAUUACAGAGAACAAAAACAAUCAGUGAGAAUAAUGUAGCCUAUUAUCUUCAAUCAGUGGUGGGCAACCUAUGGGCUUUUUUUGUUUGUUUGUUUGUUUUAAAAUUCAUUUCAAUCCGUAAAGGGGAAAUUCUACUAGCACUCACACCGAGGACCAGAACACACACCUGCAGGCAUACAAGGAGACAUUGAGAGCGAAAGGGGCAUGCAAUCAAUAUUGCACCUCAUGAGCUCUGGGUUGCGGAAGGUUCCUUGCUCAAGGGCACCUCUACAGUAUCCAGCAAGCAGACUAGCAUCCCUCCACUGGUUGGCAUUUUUACAUUUUUCCGCAGAGGGAAAUUUUCAUUUUUCUAAAAUGAAAUUUUAAAAACAAAUAAAACCUCAGAGGUUGUUGUGACUUUUGGCUUGUCCAGUCAUGAGGCAUCACAGCAAGUCACUCGCAUGAUUUGCCAGGAACUGGGGCCUCAAACAAGGUGGACGGAAAUAUGAACAGUUUAAAAUAGAAAUCAAUGUUAGCACAAAACCUUCAGCCUUUUGCUUGAAAUAAAAGAAAAAAAACUCAGGACAAAAACCUACUAUAGAACAUCUGACAUUUAUUUUGGGUUGUUUAAAGGCACUUUAAAUGGUGGCAGGUGUGUGCUGACUAGCAUUUGACAUUGAUUGGUUAAUUCUGAACAUAGCCACGUCCCAGUUACAAGAGGGUGUGCACACUUGUGCAACCACAUUUAAGGUUUUUUUUUUUUUUUUUUUUUACUUUGUCUCAAAUAUUUAAAACAAUCAAUUUUUAUAGGUUAUAGGUCACAUAAAUGGUGUAAAAAUGUUAAAUUCCAGCAGUUUGAACUGAUAUUAAAAACAACAUUUAACCUACAUUACAAUACCUAAUAAUAAACAUUUGUUCAAUCACUGAGUCAUAUUUUCACCUGAAUUUAGGAUGACUUUUUAAAAAUAAAAUGGCCCCUGAUAGGAAAAAUGGUUCCCCACUCCUUUCUUAAAGUGACAUUUAACAUCAGACAAUAAUUGCAUAUUUUUACCACUGUAUUUGUCAAGGGCAUUUUUUUCAAUCUGCAGUACUCCCAUCAGAAGAGAGAUGAUUCACUAAAGCAACACAAUACCAACGAGACUGAUGACUUGCAAAUCAAAUUUACCCCCAAAUUAUGCCAUCCUCACUCUGGCAAAAACCGUCUCCUCAGCCGGAGACAGUUAUAUGAAAGGAAAAUUAAAGCUAGGAGGUGUGUGGGCGACUGCAUCAUUGAAGGCAGCUUAUCAUGAAUUAUUGCCCUUCAUAUGAGGUUGUCAUUAAAACCUCACCCGGAGUCAAACGAGACGCCAACAGAGCAAUGGAAAUAUGAGUGGCUUCUGCGAAUAACAGAUUUCAUUUGCGCACACAAGCUUAUCAGUGUGUAGUGUUUGCUGUUAACACUCUUAACACUAUCUUGUGCUUUUCAGCAUGUAUUCAACAAAUAGAUAAAAACCUGACUAAAAGUGAAACCACUGCUCGGGAUGAUUCCCAUGACUUGCUCAGUGGAAAUUUGUUGUUUGAGAUUCCUGUGGUACGCAUGUUUAGACUCAAUCUGUGAGGCUUAAAAUAUGACCGCUAUUAGUCACCGCAAACGGUCAUCUGUGCUGAAUGAAUGUCUUUCUGCUGGAGUUCCCAUGAACAAUGCAGCAUGAGAAAAAUUGCGUAACACGCUGUACAUCGCCGGGGUAUGUGAAUCUCAUGCAUGCUAUUAUUACGUUUACAUGGGAAACAUCUAUGGACAACAUAUGACAGCAUACGGUAAAAUAGAAUAAUAUACAGUAGAUAUAAAAAGUCUACACACCCCUGUUCAAAUGCCAUGUGUUCUUUUUUUUUGUAAUAUAAGAAAAAAACGAGACCAAGAUAAAUCAUUUCUAAACUUUUUCCACCAUUAAUGUGACCUGCACAACUCAGUUGAACCUUUUCGUAAUUCUUUUCGAGAGGGUAAGUAAAAAUAAACAACUGAAAUAAAGUAGUUGGGGCGACACGCUGUCGACUGGUUAGCACAUCUGCCUCACAGUUCUGAGGACCGGGAUUCAAAUCCCGGCCCAGCCUGUGUGGAGUUUGCAUGAAACUCCGGUUUCCUCCCACAUCUCAAAAACAUGCGGACUCGGUUGACUGAAGACUCUGAAUUGCCGUAGGUGUAAAUGUGAGUGCGAAUGGUUGUUUCUUUCUAUGUCCCCUGCGAUUGGCUGGCGACCAGUUCAGGGUGUACCCUGCCUCUCGCCCGAAGAUUGCUGGGAUAGGCUCUGGCACACCCGUGACCCUAGUGAGGAUAAGUGGUACAGAAAAUAGAUGGAUGGAUGGAUGAUGUAGUUGCGCAAAUGUGCACACCCUCUUGUAACAGGGGAUUUGUGGAUGCUCAGAAUUACCAUGGCAAUCACCUAUAACAGCACACAGAUGCCACCUUUUAAAGUCCCUCUAAUUAAGCCAAAAUAAAUUUCAUUUGCUCUAGAAGGCUUUUCCUGACAUUUCUUUUGCUUUCUGAAGGUUUUGUGCUAACAUUUAUUGCUGUUUGAAAUUGUUUUUACAAUUCCCUCUGUCUUGUCUAAGAAGGUGGCCCAGGUGUGAUUCCUCUUGACCAUUGUAUGGGUUUGUGUAUGCAUGUAAAAUAUUUUAAACUUUUAAAAAACAGAGAAGACUUCAGUGUUGCACAUGUUGCAGUAUCAAGGAUCCAGCUGGAAUUGUCCUGUGUCCCACCAUGUCCAGCAGAGGGCACUGCGGUGAAAAAAGGUUCAUUUCCUAUAUGUAUCAUAUAUUUAAUACAGAUAAAGCCAAUUGUGAUAUUACCUUGCAUUAAUAAAAUAUCCUGACUGUGUC